ACCCCUGCUAGGGUCGAAAUCGAGAAAUGGAAAUCCCCGAUCCGGCCUCUCUCCCAUUCUCUGAAAUCGAAGCUCCUUCCCGCGGGCUACAGAAAUCUACGGUUCUUCGCUUCUCUCUCUUCCACCGACUUAGUCCGAGAUUUAAAUAUAUCCAAUAAUGAAGCACUUGAAGUUUGCAUCGCAAAGUAGUAAAUCUGAAGGAUCAGAUGGAAGUCGUAGUAUUGUUGCUGGUCUACUAUAGAUGUUCCAAGAGAGAAGAUGGAGUGCAUAUAAAUGUGUCCUCAAUCAGUCAUUCUACACUGUCGAAGACUUCACCGAUACCAUCAAAUGAAGGGGCACAGACUGCCUGGGAUAUGCUACGUGAGGAGCAGACUCAGACACACAUUACGACAUCUUCUGAAGAUUUAGAUGCCAUACUGGGUGGAGGAAUAAACUGCAAAGAAAUUACUGAAGUUGGUGGAGUCCCAGGCAUUGGCAAAACACAGCUGGGGAUACAGCUUGCGAUUAAUGUGCAAAUUCCAGUUGAUUAUGGUGGCCUAGGAGGAAAAGCAGUUUACAUAGAUACAGAAGGCAGCUUCAGGGUGGAGCGUGCUUUUCAAAUUGCUGAAGCAUGUAUUCAAGACACACUUAAUAGUUUUGUUGUUCAACAGAGGGAUGUUAAAGUAUGCCAAGAAAAAAUGCAGCCUAAAGCUUUCCUGGCAAACAUAUUCUACUUCCGGAUCUGCAGUUACACUGAGCAAAUUGCGGUGAUAAACUACUUAGACAAAUUCAUCGCAGAGCAGAAAGAUGUAAAAAUCGUUAUCAUUGACAGUAUCACCUUUCACUUCCGUCAAGAUUUUGAUGAUUUGGCUCUCAGGACUAGAGUACUUGGUGGAAUGGCUUUGAAGUUGAUGAAACUGGCCAACAAGUACAGUGUGGCGGUUGUAUUGUUGAAUCAAGUAACCACUAAGAUUACGGGAGGUUCAUUCCAGUUAACUCUUGCACUAGGUGAUAGUUGGUCUCAUGCCUGCACCAAUCGGAUCAUUUUAUACUGGAGUGGCAACGAGCGACAUGCAUACAUUGAUAAGUCACCCUCUCUGCCGUCGGCCUCAGCACCUUUCUCUGUUACAGGUAAAGGGAUACGAAAUGCUGUUUCAAACUGUAAAAGAAUUAAAAUGAUGUGAAUACUUAUAUGGGGUGAGAAAGUGGAUGCUUUACACCCAUUGCAAGAAGUUGUUGUCAUGUGGGGCAGGAAGCUAAACACAGUCUCAGAAAUUUUGCAAUGCUCUCCACUGAAUAUUUUCAAAACUUCUGGUGGGACCAGAAAUUUUGAAUAUUGCUACAUGGGGUGGUUGGUGGAACCUUAUGAUA